GGCAGCUCCCACACCCUUCCUCAGAACUGCUGCCCACAUGCAGCCCCGGACACAGCCCCUUGCCCAAACCCUACCCUUCUCCCUCCAAGGGGCCCCUCAAGACACUGGGCUGCGGGUGCCUGUCAUUAAGAUGGGCACAGGGUGGGAGGGCUUCCAGCGGAUCCUGAAGGAAGUCGCCUACAUCCUCCUCUGCUGCUGGUGUGUCAAGGAACUGCUGGAUUAAUGGUGGCAGGGAACUGCCUCCUCUCCCCACCAGCACCAUGGCUGGCAUCGCUCAGCCCCCAGCCCAACUGCCAUCAAGACUUCUGGGGCCAGCUGUGCUUGACCAAGGAUGGGCUGUAAACAAUGAGUAAAGAGUGACAUGUGGAUCCUGCUUUGAGCUAUGUCAUCUGGCGGACCUGCCUCAUCUCUGAGCCUCCCUUCCCAACCCCUGCCUUUGGUGGACCUCUGGUGGGCAGGAGCUUGGACUGCUCUGGCUAGACCCCAUUGAGAUUGCCACGGGACCUGGCACUCCUCCAAGCUUGGCACAGUGAGCCCACCAGCUCAGAUGGUUGAUGUUACCAUACCCCUAUAGUACCAAGAAUGGACUGCCCCCCUAAGAUAUCUGUUUGAGAAUCACUGAAUUAUAAAUAUAAUCCAUAGGCCUUGAG